GCUCGCCAGAGUGCGACUGCGGAGACAGCAGCAACGGCUCCAGUGAGCCCUUCAGUGCUACUGCCCUAGGACACAACUAUACCGAGGACUGAGCGCUGUGCUAGCAAGAAUGGCUGUCUGUAUACUCGCUAUGGUGAUCAUCUAUUGUGGACUUCUGUCACCUGCUUCGGGUGGCUACGACCAUUCCUGCUGGGACACGCCACUCGCUAUUUUCGACCUCAAACAGACUCUGGACUGCGGCUACAACGCGAUAGCUUGGUCGCUGUGGAUCCCUCCCGAUGGACAUGCUUACUGCCAACGUGACAGCUUCGACAGAUCCGACGAUGCCAACUUCGUCUGCUACUCUGAAAACUCGACGGAGCGCUGCGGCAAGAAGCGGUACGAGUAUGCAGCCGUAAGUGGAGAAAACUACUUGGAGAGGAGGCUCGACAACGGCGCCAAAUCCCAGUCUAUGAUAGUGGACACCGACAACUGCAAGUACCUGGUUCAGCGAGAGUGCUACGACGAUGGUUCCGUGUGGCACUACGUGACGUACAAGGAAACCUGGACGCAACCCGAAAUCGACCACUUCAUCGCGCGUGUCCAGACCGAGCCAGCACUUCACUUCCUCAGACCGUACUCGUUCAUGUGCCAGCUGGGAAUACCAUGA